AUGGGCAAGAUGGACAACCCCUCCGUGGAGCUGAACUCUCCCUCCGAGGUGAAGCAGGCAGCCCUGGAGGAGCUGGAGCCCAUCAGCCCUGAGGUCGUGAGCGCCAAGAAGAAGAAGAAGGAGAUCCCAGACAGAGGUUCCUGGAAGGGGAAAUUCGACUUCUUGCUGUCCUGUGUGGGCUAUGCCAUCGGUCUGGGCAACGUCUGGCGCUUCCCUUAUCUCUGUGGCAAAAAUGGAGGAGGGGCCUUCCUCAUCCCGUAUUUCCUGACACUGGUGUUUGCUGGGAUUCCUCUCUUCCUGCUGGAAACUGCUCUGGGCCAGUAUACCUCUGUUGGUGGACUGGGAGUCUGGAGAUUAGCACCCAUGUUCAAAGGUGUGGGACUGGCAGCUCUGGUUCUGUCCUUCUGGCUGAACAUUUACUACAUUGUCAUCAUUGCCUGGGCUCUCUACUACCUCUUCAACUCCUUCACUGCGGACCUGCCGUGGCAGAACUGUGGGAACGCCUGGAACACCGAGCGCUGCUUCUCCAACUACUCCCUGAACGACACCACCAACCUGAGCAGCGCCGUCACCGAGUUCUGGGAGAGGAACAUGCACCAGAUGUCCGGAGGCCUGGGGGAGCCCGGCACCGUGCGCUGGCCCCUGGCUGGCACGCUGGCCCUGGCCUGGCUGCUGGUCUACUUCUCCAUCUGGAAGGGUGUGGAGUGGACAGGCAAGGUGGUGUAUUUCUCAGCCACCUACCCCUACUUCAUGCUUUUCAUCCUCCUGUUCCGGGGAGUCACGCUGCCAGGAGCCAAGGAGGGGAUCCUCUUCUACCUCACCCCUGACUUCAGGAAGCUCUCUGACUCUGAGGUCUGGAUGGAUGCAGCCACUCAGAUCUUCUUCUCCUACGGGCUGGGGCUGGGCUCCCUCAUUGCUCUGGGCAGCUACAACACUUUCCACAACAAUGUCUACAGAGAUUCCAUCAUUGUCUGCUGUAUAAACUCCACCACAAGCAUAUUUGCGGGAUUUGUUAUUUUCUCUAUCAUUGGCUUCAUGUCACACAUCACAAAGAAGUCGGUGGCAGAGCUGGCCUCCUCAGGCCCUGGGCUGGCUUUCCUCGCCUACCCGCAGGUUGUCACACAGCUGCCGCUGUCCCCACUCUGGUCAAUCCUCUUCUUCUCCAUGCUGAUGAUGCUGGGUCUGGACAGCCAGUUCUGCACUGUGGAAGGGUUCAUUACAGCCCUGAUGGAUGAGUACCCUCGAGUCCUAAGAGCCAGGAAGAAGAUCUUCAUUGCAGUGGUCUGCUUCAUCUCUUACCUCAUUGGAUUCUCCAACAUCACCCAGGGAGGCAUUUAUGUCUUCAAGCUGUUUGAUUAUUACUCAGCCAGUGGCAUGUGUCUCCUUUUCCUUGUCUUCUUCGAGACCAUCUCAAUUUCUUGGUGUUAUGGUGUGAACAGGUUUUACAGGAACAUUGAAGAAAUGAUUGGUUACAAGCCUUGCAUGUGGUGGAAGAUCUGCUGGGCUUUCUUCACACCCCUUGUCUGCCUGGGUGUGUUCUUCUUCAGUGUGGUGGAAAUGACCCCUCUGACGCUGGGAAAAUACGUCUAUCCUGCCUGGGGACAAGGCAUCGGCUGGCUCAUGGCCCUGUCCUCCAUGGUUCUGAUUCCAGGGUACAUGCUCUACUCUUUCCUCACCUCAGCAGGGACCCUCCGGCAGCGUUUGCAGCAGAUGACGCAGCCCAGGCCAGAGGAGCACCCUCAGAACAAUGGCCUCCAGCCGAAGACGUCCCUGAACGGGAGGAUGUCGGACGCCGCCGUGUAAGGAGGAAGGCCGAGCUCCUCGCCCUGCCCUGUAGUGCUCACUCCACGCUGUCCCUCGAGCUCCUCUGGCACAGUUUGCUGUCCCUGGCUCUGUGGUGACUUUCUCUUGUCCCCGAGAGGCCCUGCUGGAGGAACUGUUGUGGCUCUUCCCCCGGCAGGGCUGACCAAGGCCUGAACAAGCGGCCACCAGGGCGUCGUGUGGUGGCCACCUUCAUCCUGCACCACCCUGCCCCAGGCCCUCAGGGGCGAGCAGCUGCUGCCCACAUCUCCGUCCUGGCCAGGAGAGGUGGUGUCUCUCGAGAGCUUAGACUGAUUGUUAUCCACUUCUCUGCUUUCCUUUCCCUGUGACACUCCACAGAGCAUCCCCAGCACGCAGCUGUUUCAGCCCAGAGAGAGCAAAUCCCAGAUGGCUGUUGAUUGAUGGAGCAUAAAACACCAGCAAAUCCAUAACUGGAGGGGAUGUGCAGAACAAGGGAUUCUGUGAGGGGUCCUGCAUGUUGGUAGCUGUAGGACAUCACCUGGAGAAGGGUUUGGGGGCAAUGUGUGCUGCUCCCAGUGCUGUGUUUCAUCCCUGCAGCCUCCAGACAUGUUUGCUGCAUCCAUUGGGGCUGGCACUGUGAGCCAGAGCCCCACGGAGCAGCCAAAUUUUCUUUUCUGAAACAUCCUGCCCUGUGUAGAUGUGUGCAGUAGCCACACCCCAAAAAGCAGCUAAAAGGGUAAAUGGAGGGCUCUUUGCUACAGGCUGUUUGAGUCACCCACCCUGACCACAACAAGCUUCGUGCAGAGGCAAGGCUGAGUGAUAGAUUUCCCAGCAAUGUGCCAAUUUCCCCCUGAGAUAAAACAGGGCAGCUCCUGCCAAACGCCCUCCCUGGCCGUGUCCCCAGGUGGGAAAUGAUCAGAAGGAGCAUGAUGCCCAUGGAUGGCUCAGUUUAUACCUUUUUCAGGAAGUGGCCACUCCUAAAUCCCAGCAUGUGGAAGGCAGGAAUUCCUGAGGUGGAUGUAGCCACCAUGCUGGAGCCACCCCUGUGAGCCAGUGCUGACCUCCCUUGGGAAGUGUUUGCUCAGCCAGCUGCUGUCACUGGCACAUCCCAACACAAACCACAGAGGGCUGUGAGCUCUUGUAGGUGGUGCUGGGGGAGUGCAACGCCUUGGAGAAGGCUGGGAAGUGUUUCAGAGCCAUCCUAAAGCAGCAGCAUAUUUCUUGGCUGUGAAGCUCUGUGAAAGGAGGUGGCUCAUCAUAGCAGUGUGACCGUGAGGCUCCCAGCUGUGCCAGCCUCCCAGAGACCCCACACACACCCUUGUACACAGAGUGUUUGGGGAGUGCUGUAGCUUAGUGCUGGUUAUUCCCUCCCCUCCCUGGCACAGCAUUGCCAGCUCUCUUCACACCCCCAGCUUCAGAUCAGAAUCGACAAACUCAUAAAUGAGCAUUCAAGAAAUGGUGUGUCCCACCCACCUUUCCUGCCCAAGAGGUCUCAGAAGUGACACCCUGCAGUCCCCCAGGGAUCCUCCUGCAGGUGACAGGUGAGUGAUGAGCCUUUGCACAAUUGUCUUGCUCUCCAGUAGUAGCUCCAAUACGCUGCAGGUUGGCCCUGUGCUGCUUGUCCUGCCACUCGCCAGAGCACCUGCUCCUCUGCCAAUCUUCCAGCCCCUGGAUCAGGAACAGAAGAAGAAAGAAGUUUUCUGGUGAAAGCUAAAGUCAGACCCCUCUGGGAGUGGGUCCCCUGCCAGCUCCUCGCGGCAUCUCAAUUAAUGUUGCUUUAGAGCUGAAAGCAAUUUGUAUUUGUAGGCAUGAUUCUCAGCAAGGGUGGCUGCUGGGCAUGAAGUGCAUGUUUUGUGGUCUGCAACACCCCAAGCUGAGAUCACACCCUGUCCCACCUGUAAUUGUUACAGUGUUUGUGUCAAAAAAAUCGCGGCUGUUAAAUAGACAUGAGGAAAUACUGUAUUUAUAGGCUUGGUCUUGUAAAGCCAAAAGCCAAACACUGAAAGCUGCAAUCAUAGCUCAUCAGCAUUAAUCUCAGCCAGCUACAGACAUGUCAUCUUCCCUUGUCCCUUAAUUGUCUGUGCCACUGUAGCUGAAAAUUUCUAUUCCAAUUUCACCUGUUUUUGUGAACGGGGCAAUAAGGAAAGCACUCUUUAUAAACAUGUCCUUAGACAUCUGUGCUCAAAAAAUGUGUUAAAGCUCUAAAUGUUGCAGUAAUGACCCUUACUAGAGCCUGCUUUUGCCUGUGUGUCCAGGUUCCAAAACCUCCCUCCCCCAAAUGCAGACUGAGGGUGGCACAGAUGGGUGAUGGGCACUGGACUCCGUUUUUCAGUGAGGCUG